AUGGUAAUGAACAAGUCGAAGAAGAAAGAUUAUUGGAAUGAUAUCGGUAAUGAAGAGGGUUUUCUCGCUGCUGUCAGUCAACUGGGAUCUGACUAUAAAAUGUUAGAUGCCAAAGGUGAGGGCUGUCAAAACGCCGAUGGCAUAUGGGGUCGAUUAGCAGAAUUGACGAAACUUGACAGCAAAUCUACAUACGAUGCUCGAAAAUGGCUCUACACGGUGUGGAACAACGAUCGUCGAAAAGUUCGUACAACAUUUUUACGUACGCAAGCUACUGACGCUUCGUCAGGUGAUCCACAUAAAUCACCUGAUGACAUCACGAACAAAAGUAGUCAGAACACUGACGAAGCGCCGAAAAUUCCAUCGUUGAUGGCAAUGCCAUCUCUUGAUCCGAAAAACUUGAGAUCAAAGAGCAAGACAAAUUCACGUUGUGUAUAUUAUUUUACCAUGGCAUAUGAUCAAUGGAAGAUGUUUUAUGAUUACAAAAUAGAAGAUGUUCAUACUGGUUGGAGCGAUAGAAUUGUUUCUCACUUAUACAAGCUUGGUAUCACUUGCACUGUCAUUUUUCGAUAUCAUCAUAGUCGACUAAUAGAUUCACGAAAACAAAAUUGUACAUUGUUCAGUGCUAGCGGAUAUUGUAAAGUAGAAACAUGUCCUGUAAAGGUUGACAUUGACAUUGCAUCUGAACCGAAACAAAAAGGUGAUCCAUCGGUUUUUAAAGUAGUCGUUGUUGGUGAGAAAAACCACGAUCCAAAAAAACAAAAAGUCAGUCGUUCAGUUACAGGACCCCUUCGGGAAGCGAUCGCGAAAGAAGUGAAAACUAUUGGUGCAUUAAGUGUUUAUGAACGAAAUUUACGACAUGCUAAUGAAGAUUUGCUGAGAGAGGGAAACUUCAGUGAAGUUCCUUCCAAAGAAGUAUUGGACAAAAUCAAACAGGAAUAUGACAAGAAAUAUCGUUUGGAUGAAAAUUGUUUCAAAGAAGUGCGCAUGUUCGCGUUUGUCACUAGAUAUAGUGAUGUCCAUUCUAAAGAAGUGAAAGGUUUUAUACAAGCUGUUAGUGAAUGGCCAUUCAUCGUUAAAUUUUUUACAGAAAUACAAAUUGAUCGAUUUAUUAAAUAUUGUCGAAGUGAAAAAUACUCUUGUUUACAUGUCGAUGCUACUGGUUCUGUCGUACGCAAUUUAAAAGACCAGAAAGACGUAUUUUUUUACUGUCUUGUCUAUCGACACGAUGAUUCUCCGAUUUUACCACUUAGCGGAGCGCUUCUUACCGACCAUACAGCUGCUUCGAUCACCUCAUUUCUUCUUUCUGUUAGAAGUAAAUUGAUGUUGCGAAGCAAAACCGCACGUCCGGCAUUCGUUAUAAUUGAUUUCUCAGCAGCAUUGAUAAAUAGUGUACUCGCUUCGUUCAAUGUCGAAAAUAUUCAUACUUACUUACGACGUUGUUACAAUACAAUCAAUCGCAUGUACAAGACGAAGCAACUACGUAACAUGACGUUUUUACGCUUAUGCUGUUCGCAUGCGAUGAAAGCAUUUUCUCGUGGUCUUUUCAAGAUAAAUGUUUCAAAAGAAACUCAUCAUCAUUUAAUGACGUUUUUCGCUAUUCUAUUGAAUUCUACAAAUUUUGAUGGUAUUCUUGAUUUAUACAGAUGUCUUAUACAUAUUUACGGAGAUCCAUACUGUGAUACUCCCUAUACGACACUUGCUUCGCUUUUGAAUAAACCCGAAUUAGCUGGAUUUGAUAUUGAGCAUUUUUUGGAGGAGAGUGAUGUUCAAGAUGAUAAGGAGCUUAAGCAAGAUUUUUUGGAAGAAACAAACUUCACAACAGAUGCAAUCAUCCGACAAUCACCAUUUAACAUCAAAGCACGUGCCAAUAUUCCAGCUCUGAACAGAUUUUUUGAAAGGAAAAAACUUGACGAAUCACCACGUAAUCAACUGUUCUCGGCAAAAAUUAUUUAUUUAUUGCAUAAAUGGUUUGCUUAUAUACCGCUUUGGUCUGGAAUGUUGGUUGGAUUUUACGAAAGAUAUGCAAAAGAUAAAACACCUGCUACAACAAAUCAAUGGGAAUUUGGUUGUGGUCGAGUGUCGAAUGCUUCAAUCGAGACUUAUUUUCGAACUAUAAAAUCAUCUGUAUUAGAACAUCACACUACUUUGCGACCAAAUGACUUUCUUAUGCGAAUUCAUAAUCAUGUGUUAGCUCGAAUGAAAGGUGACCAAUUUGAUGUCGCGCAAACAUCACACGGUCGGAAAAAGAAGAAAAAUGAAGCAGAUGACUUGAACAUACUGGAUAAAUGGAAACGAAGACAUAAGAAGAAUCCAAAAGCUGGUAAACAAACGUCUCAUUUCAAUGACAACGUCAGUAAAACGGUUGCGUCUAAAAUAGCGAAAGGAAGAAAUGAAGCAAUCGUAUCUGAUCGCAAUUUAAGUCCAUCGAACCAAGUCUGUUUUUCUUCCAAAAAGACAACAAAUUUCGACGAUCCAGAUUCCGAUAAAUCAGUCAGCUCUUCCAAUGAUUGUUCAGUUGGAUUUUCUGUUCUCUCGUCACAAAUGCCACGUAUAAUCGACGUAAACACUUGCAGUCCUAAAGCAAAUUCACCAUCUCCAUCGCCCAUCAAAAUCGAUGCGCCCGCGAUCACGUAUCCUUCUUCUUCUGAUAACAUCUUUUUAGCCUUGUCAGAUAUCACUGAGUCGCAUUUAUCACGAGCAACCAAUUCAAAACGUUUACAUUCUUCAUCAAAUAGUGACGGCUCUAUUACCGCAGAGCAAACAUCGAAACAACCCUGUCUGAGGAUAAACAAGCAUAUAUCACCUCAUACAACCCAAAGUAACCUACUUCACAAUACUAAAGACAAUCGAACAACUACAAUCGGUACUCUUGAGCUUACAUGGCCUUCAUAUGGAAUUGAAAAUGGAACAUAUGCAGAUGAAUGUUAUUUUAUAUUUCACACUUGCACUAUUGAUACAGGUCUUUUUAUCUUAUAUCACGCAUACAAGGCUCACUCGAACGACUUUCGCAAUCUUUUUACAUCUGACGAACUUGGUAUUUUCAAAAUUAUUCGCCGUACAUUUCAUCUGGUUGAGACAGAAGGAUGGACUGUAGCGCGUCUGUACUGGCUUACUGAACACAAUCUUCUUACGAAUAAACACCGAAGUGGGAAAUAUGAUCUUAUGAAUACUAUGGAAGCUAUUGUCUUUCAAUUCAUCAAGCCCAUGCAAACAUUUCCUGUGACGUCCAAAUGCUCAUGCACUGUCUGUCCGAAACGAAUCCGUGAACACAUAAGUAUGGAUAUAUCACUAGUAACAAGAGAACAUCCAUGCAGAGCGGAUCUUGGGCAUAUUAAACCGCGAAAAUACCCAGCAAAAUAUUCUGUUGAUGACAAGUUUCCAGUCGUGGAUCUAGAGACGAAUGUUACUCGUACAGAAAAGCGUUACAUAUGUGAAGCGAAUCGAAUAAUUGACAUAGCAAAGCUUGUACAUAAAUCACCGUUUCUUAUUGUUGAUGUCGGAUUCGAUCUUGCAUCUAUGAGAGAUUCACCAGAUCCACUCUAUAUUGGUGAAUAUACUUAUAAUCUCUCUGCGGCUAUCAAUAAUACGAAUCAACAUUUUACAGCAGUCAUCAAGAUGAAAGACGGCACUUAUUAUCAUUUUGACGAUACACAUCCUAAAGGAUGUGUUAGUCAUGACGGUCGCAUUCUCGUCGAAUUAGCAUUGUAUGUGCUAGAACUAUACUAA